UGUUGUGCCCUGACAGAGGAGGAAGCGGCGCAGGCCGGAGUAAACAGCGGAUAGCUAGGAAUGUCCGCAUUACCUCGGGUUUUCUUUCUUUCUUAGAUUAGAAAAUAUGAAGUAAGGUAUCGACGUGAGCUCGAUUAAAGCGUAUCCGCGUUACUGACCGGAAAUGACGUGAUUGCUGGUUAACGAAAAAUCCUUAAUCGGUCGAGCUAGUUUGGGCUAGCAUGCUAGUCACGGGAACGAGCUUAACGCUUUAAAUGUAUUAUUUCUAAAUACAAAAAUGAAUGAGAAAUCGUAGACUAUAUAUAAUAUAUAUGUGGAUUAUUUCGGAGUAGUAUUUAUUGAAUACAGCAGUGUGUGUAGAGUGUGUGUGAGAGAGAGAGAGGUGUGUUGUUAUUAGCUAGCUCUCAGACUAGCGUUAGUUGCUAUGGGAAACUGUCUGAAAUCCCCGACAUCGGACGACAUUUCGUUACUGCACGAGUCUCAGUCGGACCGAGCCAGCACCGGGGACGGAGCCGAGCCCGAGUUAGAGCCUCCUCCACCCUAUGAGGAGCAGGCGUGCAUACCCGUGUACCAUCCCACACCCAGCCAGACAUGUUUGGCCACCCAGCUGACGGAGGAGGAGCAGAUCCGCAUCGCUCAGCGCAUCGGCCUCAUUCAGCACCUGCCCAGAGGGGUGUUCGACGCCGGCAAGGACGGAUCUGAGAAGAAGAUCCGAGAGUGUGUGAUUUGUAUGAUGGACUUUGUAUAUGGCGACCCGAUCAGGUUCCUGCCCUGCAUGCACAUCUACCACAUGGACUGCAUAGACGACUGGCUCAUGCGCUCCUUUACCUGUCCUUCCUGCAUGGAGCCGGUCGACGCCGCGCUCCUCUCCACCUACGAGACCAACUGACCAGCCUGGAGAGACACCCCUCCCGCCCCGCUCUCCUUUCUCAGCACCAUCAUCCAGCAAAAAGCGUCUUUUCUUUUUCUUUAUUCCAGCGAGAUUAUGCGCAGGGUUUAUCAUUCAGGUGACUAGAGACUGAAAUAUUUGCAGCUGGAACAGAGAUGUUUAGAAGUUUAUGUAUUUUCAAGCACUUACCCACUGAUCUGAGCUACAGAUUGGACACGCCUUUUAUUUAUUUAUUUAAAUUUUACUUUCAACAACCUGAAAUUUUUAGAAAAAGUCAGUCCAAGGCCUUUGUUCAGACUGCAAGCCCGAAAUCUGAUUUUCAGGAUUGGAAUCAGAUUGCAUUCAUGUAGACUAAACAGUAAAAUAAAAUAAAAAACUAAUUGAAUCUGAUUUUUGCGAAUCCAAUCUGAACCACAUACAGAGAUGGUUUGAAACAAUCGGAUUUUAAUCUGUCCAUUACGUCACUUGCAACCCGACAUGGAAAUUCAAAUCCUCAUGAUGACAUGGUAUGGGGGCAUGGAUCCAUUCUGUUACCGUUUAAGUAUAUAAAAGCUGUGCCCUUCAAUGUUCUUUUUAAAGAAUCGCAUUUUCAGGAAUCAUGGCUUCAUCAGCGCAGUUGGACAUGGAGAAGAAUAGUCUCUGGACCAUGGACGAAGUGAAACGUCUGAUAGCACUUACUGUAUAUAUGAGCGUUAUAUAUGAGGGGAAUAUCGUGCUGCAAUGCCCACUUCCUGCACCGUUACCACAGCAACCAGUGCAGAUCGAUCGACAGUGCGUCAGAUUUGUGCCGACACCUUGAACAGAGCCAAAUCCGAUCUCAGUGAAAACUAAUCCGGUUCGCCUGCAGUCUGAACACAGUCCUCACUCAGUUCUCAAUUGCUUUGACUGAACAUGCUGUAGGUCUUCUAGAGCAUGUGCUCAUCGUAUGGUGAAGUUUAUACCAAUGGGAUUUAACAUUAACACCACCACCACCAGGUUAACUGGACAACUCAUCACCGACUAUACACCAGCAAACUGGUGACAGGAUCAUCUGCACACACAUAACCAUGGGGACCAACAGAAAUCCCACAAAAACCACCAGAUACCAUAGCACACCUCCAGUGGGACAGGGGGAACCAAAACCAUAGGUGGUUUUAAUGUUAAUGCUUUUAAUGCCUGAUACAUACAGUGGAACCUCAGCAUACAAAUCUAAUUCGUCCUGGAGGCAAGUUCUUACGGCGAACAUUCGUUUUACGAAGCGCAUUUUCCUAUAAGAAAUAAUGUAAAUGCAGAUAAUCCGUUCCAGCCCCACAAAAAUAUUACCAAUUUCCAACAGUAUAAUCAUGUUUUUUUUUUUUUUUUGCAUAUGAAAACAAUCAAAACAUUUAGGAAAGACAUGAAAAUGAAGUAAAAUAUAAAAUAAAUAGACAUUAAAUCUCACUUUGAACCUUAAUUUAUGAUUCCUCAUGGCAGAAUCCUCUGCCGUUUUAGCGAUGAUUACUUUCUUUUUUUAGUUUUUUUUUUUACUGAAAGAAACUUUUCUGGGACUCAUGGUGCUAUGUCUUUACUAAAUCUUGGACAAAAUGCAAAAAAAAAAAAAAAACCACAACCGAAAAAAAUGGAAAUAUGUGACGGCUUUCCACUUAAAAUGGUUCCUGGAUGGUUCAUUCAUUCCGAGAUUUAAAUUCUUAAGGCGAAGAUUAGUAGGGGAUGGCGUCAGUAUGGUGAGGUUCCUCUGUAUAAACGCAUCACUUACACAACAGCAAAUGCUUAGUUUCAGCAUCAUACGCAAACGCUGUGAUUAAGAGUUCUGUCAGUGCGCAGGUUCCGACACAUUAUCGUUUCUGUAGGAACCGUUUCAGACGUUUUGAUGGUUGUACACCUUCCCAGCUAUGGAUUUAUACUAACCCACAAAUCUCUACAGACAUGCAAGUUUCCCACGGCCCAGUUUUAUCCCCAAACUAACAGCGUAAAAAAGGGCUCAGCUGUGCACAGAGAGGGGGAACCAAAUGACUGUGUCUCAAUCUACAUUAGACAUGCUUGCACACACACACUUGGAAAGAAAAAAAAAACCUAGUAUGUACUAAACCUAGAGAUUUGCACUUUACACAUGAUGAUUAUAAGGAUAAUGUAUUUAUGUAGAAUCUUGCACCGGUCUUUUAUGUUUUUUCCCCCCUCUUAAGGUCCUUUUUUUUGUUUCAGUAGCGCUGGGGAGAACCGCGGCGUCCCAAAGUCUGAGCGCACGCUCUCAUGCAUCCGUGUUCGAAUUUAAUACAGCAUUGUUUUCAAGACAGAUUCUGUCAUUGAUUGAUUGAUUGAAUUUGAGUGAAAUCUUGACAUUUUUAAUUAAAUAUGGAACUCUACAUAUUAAAUAUUGAACAUGUUUAAUAUAUUAUAAUUCUUUUAUAAUUUCAACUUUGAAACCAUUUUGUUUAAAUCCCAGAUUUUCAGUGCAAUCUCAGACUUUUGGACCACAUUGUAUUGUUCUCUCUUUUUUUUUCCUUUUUGUUCCUUAUUACACAAAUCGAACAAUAUCCAACCUUGUUUAUUAGUUAUUGAAGUUACAACGUGAUGCUGUUCACAAUAGUGACUUGAGCAACGCUCAAUAAAAAUGACAACUAUUAAA